CUGUGUUUACUACGGCGCUACGGUAUCACAUACUACAUGGCCUGGAAAUCGCCGCCAUUCCUCGAAAUGUCGAUGAAUGAACAGGGAACUUUUUGACAAGCUGAUGGUAAAUGGUUCACCAUGAGUAGCAGAAGAGGAGAAUCGAGAUCGAAACGUGGUCGAUCAAACAACUCUCCACCUCCUUCAACAAACCGCAGUGCUGGAAGCAAAUCCAAGCGUAGAGUGGCAGCUACAUUGGAGGAUGCUCCUCCAGAGGUGUCUGAAGGAAAGAAAGAAUCUACAGGUGACUCUGAAGUAUCUGAGGCAUCUGUUGCCAUAGGAACAAAGAAAUCUGGAAACAAAAAUGGCCAAGAUGGGAAAAAAUCCACCUCCACUCGAGGGCGUAAUGGUAGAAACAGAAAGAGUUCCACAGAGAAAGAUAAAAGUCCUGCUUUAGAAAUAAAAGACAGUAGUCCUCCUACAGUAGCAGCAGCUUCUUCAGCCUCCCAACAGUUAAUCCCCCCGGUAACCUCCACACAGCUACCUUCUCCUGUAACAUCUACACAGUUACCUCCCCCUGGGACUUCCCCACAGUUGUCUGCACCUGGAACAUCCUUACAGUUACCUCCCCCUGUAACUUCAACACAGUAUUCCUUGGUAAUGUCCACACAGUUACCUCCCCCUGGACCUACACAGUUGCAUCCUCCUGUAACACCCAUGCAGUUACCUCCCCCUGUAUCAUCAGUACAGUUACCACCUCCUCAUGUCCGCGAGAGCCCUGUGUUCCAGCAACCUGCUGACCACAGUACACCCAUCAGUGAUCAGAUGAUGGAGCGGUCCUCAGUAGAGCGUUACCAGUCUGACAGGAUGCUAACCGAGAGGCCGUCAUUAGUGUGUACCCCCACAGAAGAUGAAAAACGAUCAAGAGCUAUUCCUCCUAAAAAACGUAAAGGGAAUGAUUUUGAGAGUGAAUCAUCUCCGGUUGGUCCGCCAGCUAAGCGACCUAUGAUUGACUUGAUUAACUGGAUAAAUCAGCGAGUGCUUGCCCGUCGGGAUGGUCUGUACCAACCCGGAGAAAUUCGUGAUGUAAAACAUAAUCGUCAUAUUGGGAUUUUGUUUGAUAGUGACAAGAACAUGGUUUACUUUAAUGAUGUGCUUGAACAGAAAAACAACCAUGACAUCAUCAGUGAUCACAGCCCAAUGGCUGUCAUGGUGGCUGUUGGUUCUCGUGUUUGUGUGCGCAUUAAUCCAGAGGUGAACUAUUACUACGAAGGUCAAGUAACGGACAAGAAAUCUCAACCAAUCAGCUAUCGUGUAAGAAUUCAUGGUCUGCCAGAAGAAAAAUAUGAAUGGGUGUCACGGGCAGUGCUAAGACUUUUACACCCUCCCUGGCAUGAAGAGUUUGAAGAGGGAAUCCCUGAACAAGAGACGCCCCCUCCUCCUCCUAUGAUUCCGUAUCAUCUACAGAUACAGGCUCAUCAGCAUGGCCAUCUGCCUCCUCAUCCACACAUGCCUCCAGCAAUGGAAAUAAGUCCUCCUUUAAGUCGCCUCACCCGGUCACCAUCACUUCCACAGAGUACAAGUAAUGAACGUGGCGAUUCUUCUGAUGAUGAUAUUCAGAGUGAAGAAUUUUGCUUUGAUUCAUCAGGACUUAGUACGCCAAGAUCAGGAAGUGCAACCCCAGGCUCGGGGUCAAGGUCGCAAAAUGAUCGUAAAACUCAGCCUCCGAAGAAACGUGACUCCGCUAGAAGUCGCAGUGCUCAGUCUUGUGAGAGUGGUAGUCGAUCAAGUACUCCUAGGUCACCUUUGACCACAAAGUACAAAAAGGGAGAUGUUGUGUCCACACCAAACGGAAUACGUAAAAAAUUUAAUGGAAAGCAGUGGAGACGAUUAUGUUCCAAAGAAGGAUGUACAAAGGAAUCCCAAAGACGUGGCUUUUGUUCAAGGCAUCUCUCUAUGAAAGGACAAAAAAAUAUGAGAAAUGCUCCUCCAUUUCCAGGAUGUCGUACAGGGGAACUGAAGGAGGGACAGAUAGAUUGGAGUGAUGGUCGUGGAGAAGGGGAGUUUGAUCCAGAACAUGGACAUGUCCACAACAGGUUUGAUGAAACUGAAGCAGCUAAUAUGUUGGUGUCUCUUGGUAAUUCACGAUCAACCACACCUGCAUUUUCACCGACACCUUCCCAGAAUCCUUUAUCUCCACAACUAAGUGUACAAUCCCCUACCAGUGGACAUGGAUCUAGGAAUUCUGUCUCCUUUACUCCGAUUUCUCCACAUCCUCAAACACAAGCAUUUAUUACCUCUCCAACCCGAAGUUGGAGUUCCUGUGCAUCAAAAUCUGGAAGUUCCUCAUCCGAACAUGUCUCUCCAAUUACUCCGAGAUUUCCAUCUAAUUCCAGUUCCAUUCCAAUUUUUCAUUCUCCAAGUCAAGUUAAUGAACACUACCUUCAGAAAAUGUCUGCAGUUCAGAUGGUUAAACAGGAUGCAAAAAAGUGUGAUGAUUCAGGCAUAGAGAUGCAGACUUCGACACCCAAAACUUCACAGAUACAGAUGCCAUAUAUGGCUGGUAUGUUGUCUCCGAAACAUGUUCUAACAGGGAUUGUGAGAGAGGGCGGAAGUAGCAGUGUGUCGUCCAUUACUCACUAUAACCCUGAGAUACAAAAUCGUAGAUUGGUGCAAAGUCUGUCGGUGAGUUCUCUCCCUUCACACCACAGCUUGUCAGAGAACAUCGUUGAGCCAAUAAAUAGAGUAUCUCUCAAUUCUGUCACUAUGGCAACAACGGUUGCUCAGCAACCAGCUACCAUGUCAACACUUAAAUCUUUGAUCAAUAGCAACACAAGACAGAUGUCGAUGGCCCCAGUAUCUUAUCAGGUACAGGAGAUGGGAGCACCACAAACAAACAUAAUGAAGAACCAAAUGACAUCAGUGAUACAGCAGCAGUUACAGCACGUUUCCCAGGUAACGGGUACAGCCAAUGUAAUUGGAGCGGCAUCUCUAUUACCCAUAAUGCCAGUGGGGGAGGUCACCAAACUGCAGCAGACUGUCACAACCACAGAAACUGAAUCAAAGAAGCCAGUUCCUGUGUUCCCUUGGCAUUCACUGGUGCCGUUUUUGACCAACACAAGGGGAGAGCAAGCAGCACCAGCUGGCAGUCACCAGCAGGACCCGUCACCCACACCUAAUGCACAGACAACACCAGCACAGCUGCCUGCUGCUAACAGUACCCCAGAGGGUGCUCAUCAGAGUGUAUCAGAUGCCGGUGGUGAUGUGGAAGAUGAAGAUAAUGAAGACUAUGAUGAUGAUGUGUUUGAUGAAAAGGAGCCUGGUCCUGUGGAAGCAGCACCUAAAAAGGAGCCCAAGUCGCCAACAAAACGUCGCACACAGUCCCUUAGUGCUAUCAAAGACGAAAAAGAGCCCAAGAGUCCUCGCAAGUCUAAGGACAAAGACCAUGUGAGACGGCCAAUGAAUGCGUUCAUGAUCUUCAGUAAACGCCAUCGACACAUGGUUCAUCAACGACAUCCAAACCAGGACAACCGGACAGUCAGCAAAAUUCUUGGUGAAUGGUGGUAUGCUCUCGGACCCAAGGAGAAACAGAAGUACCAUGACCUAGCAUACCAGGUGAAGGAGGCUCAUUUCAAGGCUUAUCCAGACUGGAAAUGGUGUUCUAAAGAGAGGAAGAAAUCCAGUACAAUUGCCAGUCAGCUCAAACAAAGGAGCAGUACUGGGCGAAGACUAAGCUCUACUGACGACAUGGAAGACUUAGAUAAACCACUCUUAGAAGACCUUGAAGAGGAAAUCAAGGUUCCCGAUGAUCUGGAUGUUUUCAAGCUUCAGGAUGAUGCUAUGGAUCAAUCGGAACAGGAAAAGCGGUCAUUAUUUGAGAUCUGUCGAGUGAGAUCCCAGAGUCUCUCCGCUGUUCCACGAGAUGGCAGCUCUGCAUUUCUCCCUCCAAAAAAAGAAGAGGAUAAACAAAGGUUUGCUGAGGAUCUGAAACGACAGCUGUUACCAAACCAACAGAGCUUUUCCUCCACAACAAAUGUUUCCAUAACAACUGGAAGUCAGCAGCCGAACCAACUACAGCAUCCUCAGUUCUGUGCCAUGGUAUCUAGAGAGACAGAUGGAGAUGAUGCAUAUAGCGAUGAUGAGAGGAUGGUUAUAGAUGAAGAAAAGAAAGAUGGAACAGACGAUAUGGGAGAUAACAGUGAAACAGAGACCAGAAAACUGGAGUGCAACGAAAAUGUUUACGAUAGUGAGACAGACAGCCAGACAGAGGAAGAUACUCUUAUUGAAAAUAAAGCUUUUCCUCAACAACGAUUCUCACCUGUCAUGAAACACAUUAGUCCAUCAGAGAUUCCAUACCGUCCAACUCCAAUUAGAAAGCUUCCAGAUCCUCUGGAUAUUCCACAGCCUCUACCAUAGGAACUUCUGAAGGUGAUAGUCUCCCGACCUUCGAGUGCAGGGGGAUUUAGACCAAAAGGCGCCGUUUUCAGAUCAAAGGCAAACAAACAAGCACGGAUAAUGUCCACAGGAAGCUCGUUUGGAAACGAAUCUCCUUCUUCACAGCAUUUUAGUUUUAAUCGACAUGAUUCAUCUUCUCGGACACCAGUCACCCAGCAACACACUGUAAAAGUUGGGCAGAUGAAACUCCAUAACAUCACCAUGACAACACAAGAGAAUCAACAGAUUCUUGUUUCCUCAAACACUGAGACAAUUCUUGGAAAGCAAAAUGGACGGGGCCCUGUUAUGAACAAAGUUACACAAAAGCCGCUGCGGGGGAAACCACAACAGAUUCAGCAGCAGCAACAGAUCCACAUACAGCCGAGUGUGUCACCACAUGGGGGGAUACAAAUGGGAAAGCCAGUCACGUCCAGUACUGUUCAGCUGGUGCCAUUUACACAGACAGUCGCUACUAGUGCUAAUUAUGGGUCUAACAUGGUUGUGCCCACAUACUCCACCAUGGGGAAACCUAUCACCACGCCAGUACCAAUAGCCUCGAAGCCUUUUGUGUCUAUGCAGCAGGCGCAGAUCGGCACUCCCACAUUACUGAAACAGGCUGUUACAGGCAAUGGGCUCCAUCAACAACAGCAAGCAUUAUUACAGGCAUCACCAAAUGGAAAUGUGAAAAAUGUUGGUACUAUCUUGGUGCAAAAUCUUCCAUCAAGCCAAUAUGGCAUGUUGUUGAACACACCAUCCAUCACUUCAUCUGUGAGUAAUAAGACAACAGCUGUGCCUGCAAUGCCGUCAAAUAUGUCUAAUGCCUUUAUCACAACGAUUCGCAAUGUUGUCCCAUCACAGGGCCAGUCAGCUCAGGGACAAGUAUCCCAGGCCAACACUCAGAACCAAGCCUUCACACAGGCCACACUGCUAAACAACACCCUAGUGCUGAAACAAAACCAAGUCGCACAUCCUCAGCAGGCUCAGUCUCCACAGCCCGUACAGCAAACUAUUAACCUAUCACAGUCAGGCAUACAACCCACACAUGUGCAGUACAUACUUCCUUCUGUAAGGGUAGCAACACCAAACGGAGGUAAAGUACAAAAUGUUGUCCAGAUGGCACUACCAGCAACCCCAGUUCAACAGAAUAACAUUCAACUGACAUUUGCAGGACAACACUCCCAACUCCAUUCACCUUUGCCCCAACAACAAAUUUCCCAACAUUCUCAACAGCAUCCACCAUUACAACCGUCCCCACAGACGGGAAAAGUCCAGUUAGCUCCAGUGGCAGGAAACGGAUUAAAAGUUGCAGCGAUGACAAGUCAAGGCAAGAUGUUACAGCAUCAACAAGGUGGACUACUUAGCACACAUACCAAUCUAGGUUCGCCCAUUGUUCUUAACCAGACAAAGCCAAAUCAGCCCGUUUCCAUGGUAACACAGUUUGUAGCAAUGAGCCAGAACCAACAAGUUCAGCUGCCAAAUGUGUCCCAGGGGCAGGGUUAUAUGUCCCUGCAGGGUGGGCCACAUACACCUACCCAGUUACAGCUUCAUCCGCAGGCUCAGCUGAUACAGCCACAGGGAGGACAACUCCAGGUCCAUGGGACACAACUACAAGUACAGCAAGUCCAACAAGGGGGGCAACUCCAGAUGCAGCAAAUGCAGACAGCAUCUCAGCAGCAAGCUAAACUAUUGUUGCCAUCUACACAAAACACCAGGAUGUAUGUGCAACCUAAUUCAAUCAACACCGUAGCCAUGGCCGCAUCCCCGCUCCCAAAACUGGACGGCGUUCAGGGGGUUACCUCUCCUGCAUUUAUCAACUAUGUUCAACAAAACGCCCAGGGAGCAGUCCAGCAGGUGAUGAUCCAGCAGCAGCACACGCCCACACGAUCACCUGCCCCUAGCCCCGGAGCCCCUCAGAUGCAAGCUCCCACUGCCCCUCAGGGUCAAGUGACAUACGCCUCACAGGCCCCACUGGCCCCUAAAACAGUGGUAACCACUACUAAAGCACCAAGCCCUCCACAGAUACAAACCAGUGCAGCAUACCAAGGGAUGUACAAGCAGCAGACACCAGCUUCAACCAGUGCACCAGCCACAUCUGGUGUGGACAUUGGCUACAUCACAGGUGCCAACCUACAGUCCAAGUCUUACCGGGUCAAGGCCACCAUCGCCAAUAUCCCUGUUGCAACAGAGAGUCUUCAGGUCACCUCAGCACUGCAAGGUCAACGGCCGCUGACGUCUCCUGUACAGAGCCCUCAUCCUGGUAACAUGUACCGUAAUCAUCACCAUGGCAGUCCUCCUCAGCCAAUGAACAGUGAACAUAAACCGAAGAAGCCAUCCCCGUUGGUUCUGUCGUACGAGCCCAUCAGUCGGUCCCCUGGUACACCGGAGGACAUGGAGCAGGAAGAGGAUGAAGAUGAUCAGGAGGUGGAAGAUAAGCUUACGGAACACAGGUUAAAAAAACCGCCCGACCAGUUAGGUGACAGAAAAAGAGAAAAGAAAGAUACCCUGAAGGUGAUGAUGUCCACUGACAAAUCUCCAUCAGGAGUAGAUCAAUCUGGUGCUGAUGAUUCAAUGCCGGCACCCCAAACACCUGCAUCAGAGACAGCAGUGAACAGUCCACGUGUGCCGAAAACUAAACACAAGCCACCCCCCAUUCCUGUCCCACAGUCGCCCCUUGCUGGUGGAGAUGCUUCCUUUGCAUCUCCAGGUCCAGGUACUAACAGUCCCCGUCGUGUCGUCUCCUUCAAAAACAAGAUGCAGGAUGGAAUGGAAAAAGUGCUACAGGAAGUAAACUUUGACAAAAGGUUUGAGGCUCUACCACAGUUUGUACCAGAGCAUACCAACAUGGAUUCCCCUGUUCCCCAGAGUCCACGUGCCAUCAUAAGCUGUUACAAGAGACGUCGUAAAGUGUCUACACUAGCUACGGGAGAGUCGACACCUAGUGAGACCUUUGACCCCGUAUCACCUAGCUACAAAAAGUUUUCCAGCGAGUCGGAGACUGGGACCCCACAGACACCUCGUAGUGCUAGGUUUGAGGAUAAUAUGUUCUUUGGCCGAAAUUUCAGUUUGGAGACCUUGGCUGAUGCUGCUGUGUCUUCCAAGCCAGUAGAAGAUUUCCUAGAGAGUGGGCUUAGUUCACCAAUGACUCCCAGAACGCCAAACUCACCAGGACAAUUCUCAUCUCUUCGGAGGAUUCUUGACCAGCGUCGUCAACUUGUCAUGCAGUUGUUUCAGGAGCAUGGACUCUUUCCUUCAGCCCAAGCCACUGCCAAUUUCCAGGCAGAACAUGCAUCUAUCUUCCCAUCAAAGGUCUGUCUACAGCUGAAGAUUCGCGAGGUCCGACAAAAAAUGAUGGCACAAUCGGCAGCAGUAGAAAAAGCCGCAUCAGGGGAGGUUGGCAGCAUGCCUUCAACUCCAGUAGCUACAUACCCACCCCCUGGUGACUCGGACAGUAGUACAGGAGGUCAGGAAUCUCAGCCAGGGGAGGAUACUGGCUCCUCAGGGCUCAUGGACGAAGACAAAUAAUUAUGUUAAAAGUGUAAAGAAUGUUUGAACUUAGAUUGUGUUUGGGGUAUUGAUAUUGGAUUGGAUAUGUAGAACCAAUUUGUUGACUUCUGUGUUUAACAAAGACAACUGUGCCAUAAACAGCUUUGUUUUAUAUGUUUCAAUAGUUUUGAUGUUUUAGGAAUGUACUUGUGAAGGUAAUAGGAUGUACAAGACUUAGUGACGUUUAUGAGAUUUUGAGUGACUUGAUGCACAAAUGAAGUUUACAGAGUGAUAUUUGUGCAAGUGAACUUUGUGAUAAAGAUUUUGAAUUGUG